CUUCCUAUCAAAUUCUAAGAACUUUACUGUAGCGGAAGAAAUAUGACUUCUAGGCCUACGGCUGUUCCUGAUAAUGACGAAGAUGUUGAAGAGCCUUUACCAGCUCACGUGCAUUUCGUACGAGAUGGACUUCUGAAUUUCAAUCAGUUCAUUACUCUGCAGGCAGCUAUGGCCUAUUUGAAAUCUGAGGGUCCUCUGAUUGAGAAGUUCGAUACGAUCCCAAUAUCAGCAUACAAACCCGACGGUUUUACAGCAUCCCGUCGAGCGAGAGACGAGGAGUUCUUUACAGCCGUGCGGGAACUGACAGAAGGGGCACGAAAAUUUGGAAAGGACAACUACUACCGAUUCUCAUCCGAGUACCAAAACAUGUUCAGAGCUGUAUUCAGACACCGCAUGGAUGACAUUUGUGGCUCAUGCCCAGAUCCAACGAAUACGCUUGGUCUAGGUGGAUGGGAGACGCUCGACGAUAUAGAAUCGACUUUGGAUGCAAGUUCGAUAGGUGACUUUGAUAUUGAAUCAUACUUCGGUUUUCGGAUACAAGCUGUCGAGAAACUGAAUCCUGCUCGUUUUGGUGAUGAGACAAGUUCAAAAAUGUUCUCGUCCCCUGUCCUUGAUGAGCUUGCAAAGAAAGGGCUUCAAAGUGUUCCAGGCUCGUAUCACGCGAAGUUUCCUGCCAGGAAUCGGCGCGGUUCUGGGCUGCUUCGACGCAAAGAAUUAUGUUUCCCUUGGUGCAUAAUGAACCACGCUGCAGAGACAGGUCUUGAAUGCAAAGACACUUGGAGUGAGCCUUCUCAAACGACCUUGAAAGCUGCUUCUACAGCGUUGGCUAUGUUCGAAAAGUUGGCAAGAUUUGGAGACAAUAAAAUGAAUGACCGCCACGUGCCGCCAGUCAUCGCUAUCACUUAUAGUGGACCCGAAAUAACUGUUUGGAUUGUCUAUUUUGAGGCUGUUGAUGCACAUUACCGAGAUCAUAAAAUUCAAGCUAUUUGGAGGGGGAAUACUAUGGAUACGUGGGACGCUAUUCAGUUCUGCCGUAUCGUAGACAACAUUUUAUACUGGGCUCAACACAUUUUGAGGCCCCAGGUAUCAAGUCACAUUGAAGAGUGGGUGCGCAGAUACUGCCCGGAAGAACCGAAUCUUCACUCUCGACUGGAGAAUGAUACCGAGAUGGCGCAACUGAUCAAUAAGAUCCGAGAUCGGCUCAGCAAUUUGGGUUUAUCUUUAUCAAAGAAUCUGCCUGCUCUGGUCGAACAAGCUGUGCUGUUCCAGGAAGUCAUGAAAGCUUCCUCUCCAAAAGCUGAGAAUAUCCAAAAACAGGAGGAGAGUGUUCCAAAGCAAGAGAGUGUUCCAAAGCAAGAGAGUGUUCCAAAGCAAGAGAGUGUUCCAAAGCAAGAGAGUGUUCCAAAGCAAGAGAAGCAUGCCGAGAGAAAAGUCCCAGACAGACCUUCUCACCUCACUUCCCCAUCAACAAGUGCCAAGAUUCAGACAAAAACAUCUCUUAUCCAGGAAUUUGUUGAGAAAAGGGACCAAGAAGAAACCAAUACGAACAAGAAAGAUGGCAAGCGAGACGAGGAUCUCGGCAGUGGAAAACCGAAGCUUUUUCCCAAGCUGCCGGUGAGAUCCAAAGAAACUACCAGUGCACACUCAGAUAAGGAUAGUCAGAAGUUCCCAAGCACUGAACCCGACGCAAAUCCUGCUACAUUCAAGUUUGCAUCAAAAUCGAAAUCAGUCUCAGAGCAUGCUGGAGCUCCAAAGAAGGCCUGGUCGUUUCCAUACCAAUUCAAAACUUCUGACUUUGAGUUCCUGGAAGACUGCUCUCGUCCCUAUCCCGAGAAAGGAGAGGCUUGUAAGAUUGCAGCCACCUCUUCUCCACCAAAUCCAUACACGGCCAAGAACUUUCAAUUAAGCUUCGAGGUUGAAUACUGGUGGGGAGAUUCCUCUAAAGACGAGCCUGACUCGUGGGAGGCAAUCCAAAAGACAGCGAGAGACGUGAGAGGAGUCUCACCUGGAAUAAGUAUAUUUGGUGAUCUCGACUUCUUCAAGCUUUCAAGAGUUACCAGAGCAAAGGACCUUGACGCCAGUGGUCGAUUGACUCGCCAUGAUUCUUUUAAGAGAACGAGAUCGGAAACCAAGGCCGCAGUUGAUCGAGCGAACAGGCUAGCACCUUCACGACAGAAGCAGAUCAGACUAGCUUGGAAAGAGGAGUAUGUAAACGGGAGAUUGUUUCCUGCGAAGAGAUGACAUUGAGAAGAAGAC